CUGGUUUAAAGCCCUACUUGGUUUGAGUUUUGCUGUUGUGUGAAGCAUGGAGCUGCUGCGGCUGCUGGCUGCGGUUCUUCUGGUCUCUGUGGACCGGACUGCGCUCGGAAUUUCCCAUCCGAAGCCGUCCUGUCAUUAUCCUCCAUCUCAAUGGUGUCGCUCUCUGGAAAUAGCUAUAGAGUGUAAGGUUCAGAAACAGUGCAUGGAGCUAAAUGCUAUCAGGCCAAAUGAGACGGUCCCUCCAGUGUCCAUCACGCUGUACUAUGAGACCUUGUGUCCAGACUGCAGGAUUUUCAUCAGUGAGCAGUUGUUCCCCACCUGGCUAAUGCUAAAGGACAUCAUGUCUGUCACACUGGUGCCUUAUGGAAAUGCUCAGGAGGUCCAGUCACCAACUCCAGGCUUCAUCUGUCAGCACGGGGAACCUGAAUGCAGAGGAAACAUGAUUCAGGCCUGUAUUCUACAUUUAACAACAAACUCCCUUGCAUUUCAAAUCAUCUACUGCAUGGAGUCAUCUGCAGAUGUGCUCAAUGCUGCACAGCCAUGUCUCCACCUGUACGCUCCCUCUGUGUCCUGGUCCAGUGUGAACUCCUGUGUCAGUGGAGACUUGGGGUACCGCCUGAUGCAUGGCAAUGCAGUCAUGACCAGAGCUCUGAACCCCCCGCACACGCAUGUUCCUUGGGUCACUUUUAAUGGGGAAUACACGGAAGAGCAUGAAGAAAAGGCAAGCUCCUCUCUUUUCCAUCUGGUUUGUGAGCUCUAUCAGGGAGUGAAGCCUCCCGCCUGCAUCGGAGCCUCCGUCAAACUCAGCCAAAGUGACUGAACAUAAAAGUUUUGGUACUUGAAUUUAAUGAAGAUAUUUACUAAUGUGUUUCUUUUGCUAUAUUAUGUUUACAAAGCAGUUUGUACAUUUAUCCUCACAUAUGACUAAACUUUUUCCUCCAAAAAA